AAACUAAUAAUGAAGAAGUUAUGGUCCGGAAAGCCAGUUUUAUCGAGCCGUAUUGGGUGACUUAUGAUGGGCCGUAAUCUCUUCUAUUAAUGGGCUUUUCCCUAUAAUAUGGGCCUGAGACUAUAAAACAACCAAGUCCCAACCCAUAAUGGCGCGAAGAAUUUACAACAACCACCGCGGCAGUUAAAAUACCAUCGUCCGGUUGCUCAACUGUACUGGCAGUGGGAGAUGCUCAACUGCAAUUGGCCGGCGAGAUGAACGGAACGACGUCGAUGGAGGUCGGAGACGACGGCGUCGCCGUUAUCACCAUCAACAAUCCACCUCUCAAUUUACUCUCAGUUAACGUGGUACUCAGCUUAAAAAGGAGCGUAGAGGAAGCCGUACAGAGAGAUGAUGUGAAAGCAAUAGUUUUGAUUGGUUCCAAAGGAUAUUUCUCGGCAGGCUUUGAUGUGACGGCCUUUGGUGUAAGCCAAGGGUAAAAGAGUAAGAAUUGUUAUAACUUUUUUCUAUAAUGUGGAAAACCUAAGCUCCAAUAGUCCAAUGUGUAUAAAGGGGUUCAUUUCACAACAGAAAGGAAGGACCUUGGCUUCAUGUCUUUAGAAUUUGUCACUGACACUUUGGAAGGUAAAUGUACUUAGAACACCUUGACUAUCUUGUAUUAAAUGGAAAA